GCAUUGCUUCUAUCUCAAGAGAAUGGAUGAAUGCGUCGUCACUUACGCUUGAUUCUUUCCUAUGUUUGUCUCUUUCUCAUAGUUUCAAUUAGUUUGUGAUCAUGUGUUACGUCAUAACCCUCAGGAGCUUUAUUUGCGUAAAUGCUGUCCUCCAUUGCUGAUGUUUAUUUCUUGUUCUACGAAGAUUUUUCUUUAAUAAUCAGAUCCUCUGAUUGGUCUGAUCUUUUUUGUCAGAUGAACUAUUAUAGAAGAAGAAAAUGCUAAAUUUUAUGGAGUUCCGAGGCAUGAAAGUGAAAAGAAAACGAUUCAGUAAAUCAUCAUCUUGAUGAAUUAUAUGAAAAAAAUGAAUUUUUAAAGAUUUAAUGCCUGUUCGUUUGAAAUUCAUGGAAUUUGCAUACAUCUUAUUUGUGGUUUGUUCCCUACUAAGCAGUUCACAAGAUGGUUUUAUAUAUUUGGCAUGUUCUAUCUGGCUUCUAUGGUCUGAUCCUGUUGAUGACAUGUUGCACCUUGAUUUUGCUCUGAUGAAUUCCUUUUUUUCUUUUGGAAGCCUUGUAUUAUUAUCUACUCGCACUCGUUGGUUUGAAACGUUUAAAAAGAAAAGAACUUUUCAUGGUGCACAUUGCAUAAACCUUUGAAUGAUUUUAGAAGGAUCGCAAAUAUGAUAUCUAUUUUUUAAUAAUUGUAUAACUCGCCUCUCACAUCUAGGAUGCCUUUGCAACCUGAUAACUCGAUGCCCCUGGAUAACGAGGAUUGUUACUCUGUUGCUUCUACUGCACUAUCCAUAAGAACUUUGAAAGGCGGGACAACUGUGGCAACUGCUACUGCCCCUGCUUUCCGAUGCAGUGAGCGUGCAGAAAAGCGGAAGGAGUUCUACUUUAAAUUAGAACAGAAGCACCAGGCUCUGGAAGCUGAGAAAAUCCAGUCUGAAGCUAGACUAAGGGAAGAGCAAGAGGCAGCUCUGAGAAAACUAAGGAAGAGCUUGAUCUUUAAAGCAAACCCAAUGCCUAGCUUCUACCGUGAGGGUCCUCCGCCUAAGAUUGAACUAAAGAAGGCCAAUCUUCUUUUUGUACAAAAGGUACCUCCUACUCGUGCAAAAUCACCUAAUCUCACUCGAAGAAAAAGCUAUGGUGACGCUAAGACAACCGAAGAGGAUAACUGCAAUGGAGGAUGUGGACGGUUUCAUCGUCACAGUCUGGGUACCAACAGGGAAGCCACAAAAAAGUUGCAGAACAAUCCGGAGAACAUAAAGGGCAAAGAAGGGCUCAAAUCCAAGUCUCUUGCAGUUACAACAAAUCCAGCAAGUGCCGGAGUCACUGUGCAGAUGUGAAAUGUGCGUUUACAUGCUUCUAAGCUUUACUUUAGCCUUGCAACUGAGUCAACGGUUUGUUUUUGCUUACUGAUAUCUGAUGCUGUAAAUUCUCUAACGUGUACACAUGAUGUGAUUUUGUUUGACUUGCUACUGUCUUCCUGGUUAUGAUAAUUUAUGAGAACCAUGAAUUCUGAGUUCACAA